AUGAAUGAAAGAAGACGGACGUUCGAUCUGGACAACAGAUGCAGACCCGCACACCAAAUUGACCGUUUAAAUUCCAUCUUAAAUUAUACUUUCUGCCACACCGCGAUCUCAGGUUAAAGUCCUUGCAUUGUACGACUGUUCGACGCCAAACAACGCCUAGCUAAAUGACUGAGAUUUCUUUGUGGAUUGUCAAACUUCUGUUAAAGGCAAACUUUCACCCGUUAAGUUCAAAACUUCGUUACGAAUUGCUGACCCGAGACAAGCUGGCGAUGAAACCAAUGCUAGUUGCAGUGGGAUUCGGUUGCAAGUCACAAUCCCAUUAACAGUGCACGGUGAAUAAAUGUCGCGACUACAGGUCAUCAGAAACAAGUCUCUUUCAAACGACCAUUCCCAGUAGGAUUCGUGUCAAACCAAGUGUUUAAUUCCAAGUUUAACCUUCACAAAGGGGGACUUCAGCACACCGCAUUCAGGACUUCCCUUCCCCUCUCUAUAAAGCCCAGCACAACACCGCCUCUGAAUCACCCAACAACAAGGUCAUCAUGGCUGCCAAGAUGACAACAAGGUGAACCUUCUAUUCGUCAACUUGGCUUCUUGCCAAUCCGAAGGACCCCUAUCUCCUCCUCCACCAACUGACAGCCCCUCCCCUCCGGUCGUCGCUCCGUCCUCACCUCCACCUGCUACGCCCGCCUAUCGAAUCUCCACCUUCAACUCCCGUAGCCCCAUCCUUGCCGCCGUCAUCCUUACCCCCGGUUGUACCUCCGUCCGCUACCCCAGUGGUACCUCCGUCCACACCCCCAGUGGUUCCUCCGUCCACUCCCCCAGUCGUACCUCCUUCCACCCCCCCAGUGGUUCCUCCGUCCACUUCCCCAGUCGUAUCUCCGACCUCACCUCCAUCCUCCCCACCACCACCACCAUCAUCACCCCCACCGCCACCGCCUCGUCCCAUCCUUGGUCUGAGAUGCCUUUUUGAUGCCAUCGGAUUAAGAAUCUGUGCUCCGGUGCUCUCCGCUCUCCGUCUAACUCGUAACCGCACCCCUAGAGGGGCUUGUUGCCGGCUAAUCGCUAGACUCUCCGACCAACAAGCCACAGCGUGCCUCUGCGCCGCCGCCAGGAGCAGGUUCCUCGGCCUUAAUCUGCGGAUUCCCGAGGACGUCGCGUUGCUGCUGAAUUUCUGCGGCAGGGCGGUGCCGUCUGGGCUGACGUGCUCUUAA